AGCAACGCAAGCACAUACACGAUCGACCCACGGCAUACUAUCCCUGUCCCAGGCCCAGCACUGCCUCCGAUCCGGCCAGCUUCGUCUAUAUAACUAACGACGCCACACGCAUUUCCUGCCAGGCCAGCCACCACUAGGCACUAGCUAGUGUCACUUUACUGUGACCGACCGACCCACCCACCCACCGUCGUCACCGUACCUUCGUUCCCAUCCAUGGAGCUGCUCGCUCUGCUCACGGUGCUGCUGCUGGCGCACGCCGCCGCGUACCUGGCGUGGCAGGCCGUGUCGCGCCGCCGCCGCGCGUGCUGCUACCUGCUGGACUACGCCUGCCACAAGCCCUCCGACGACCGCAAGGUCACCACCGAGACGGCCGGCGCUGUCAUCGAGCGCAACAAGCGCCUCGGCCUCUCCGAGUACCGCUUCCUCCUCAAGGUCAUCGUCAACUCCGGCAUCGGCGAGCACACCUACUGCCCGCGCAACGUCCUCGAGGGCCGCGAGGAGCGCCCCACCCUCGGCGACGCGCUCGAGGAGAUGGACGACCUGUUCGCCGACGCCGUCGCCGCCGUCCUCGCCAAGACGGGCGUCGCAGCGCGCGACGUCGACCUGGUCGUCCUCAACGUCGGCUCCUUCGCCCCGGCGCCGUCGCUGGUGUCCAGGGUCGUGCGCCGCUUCGGCAUGCGGGAGGACGUGAUGGCCUACAACCUCUCCGGGAUGGGCUGCAGCGCGGGCCUCAUCGCCGUCGACCUCGCCCGGAACGUCAUGCUCACGCGCCCGCGCACCAUGGCGCUCCUCGUCACCUCCGAGUCGUGCGCGCCCAACUGGUACGUCGGCACCGACAAGUCCAUGAUGCUCGGCAACUGCCUCUUCCGCUGCGGCGGCGCCGCCGCGCUGCUCACCAACGACCCGGCGUUCCGGGCGCGCGCCAAGAUGGAGCUCCGCUGCCUCGUGCGCGCCAACAUCGCCGCGCACGACGACGCGCACGCCGCCGCCGUGCACCGCGAGGACGCCGACGGCCGCCUCGGCGUCAGCCUCAGCAAGGCGCUCCCCAAGGCCGCCGUGCGCGCCUUCACGGAGAACCUCCAGCGCCUGGCGCCGCGCAUCCUCCCGGCCCGCGAGCUUGCGCGGUUCGCGUGCCGCCUCCUGGCCCGCAAGCUCCUCCGGCGCAAGGCGGCGGCGGCGGCCAAGGGGGAGGGCCCCAAGAUCGACUUCAAGAGCGGCGUGGACCACUUCUGCCUCCACCCCGGCGGGACGGCGGUGAUCGAGGCGGUGCGGAAGAGCCUGGUGCUGAGCGCCCACGACGUGGAGCCGGCGAGGAUGACGCUGCACCGGUGGGGCAACACGUCGGCGAGCAGCCUCUGGUACGUGCUCUCCUACAUGGAGGCCAAGCGGCGGCUGAAGCGCGGGGACAGGGUGCUCAUGCUCACCUUCGGCUCCGGCUUCAAGUGCAACAGCUGCUACUGGGAGGUGAGCAGGGACCUCGCCGACGCCGGCGCCUGGGAGGACUGCAUCGGCGAGUACCCGCCGGAGACCCUGGUGAACCCCUACAUGGACAAGUUCGGCUGGGUCAACGACGUCCAGGGGCAGGGAGGCGGCUUCGUCUUUUAAUAAUGGGAUUUGUUUUUUCUUAAUUUGCGCGUGAGUUGUUAAAUAUUUAUUAAAUUUGUCACUCGGCUAUCCUUCUGCGCGGUGGUGGGCCAAGCAAAAUUAAGGUUAAUAAUUUGUUACUGUAUUGUUUAAUUAAUUGGAAGGUCAACAAGGUGUACGUAGGUAUACGGAUACAAAUGGGUUGGGGGCUAGCUGUUGUAAUUCUUUUUCUUUCUUUUUCUUUCGUUCUUUGUCUCGUACUAUUUCUAUAUUCACACCUGUAAAUGUUUAGGGGUUGCAUGCAUAUGCCAUAUGUGCUGUAGCUUGUGAACACUGUUCUUGUA